AUGUCCUUACCUCUUGAAGACAUUAGACAUGAUUUUUUCCAUGCUUUAGAUCAUUUUCCAAGUGAUUUGGUUCGUACUUUAUGGCUUUUACAAUCAAUUGAUGUCCAAUUAAAUGAAUGCUAUGAUAACACUAGUAAGAUUGGUAAUGAGGAAAGGUCUACGUACUUUGAAUAUUUGCAAUCACAAUUAAGGAAGCAAUCUGUUUCAUUGUUAAAACUAGUUCAAGAUCAAAAAAACAUUUUGAAUAGAGAAAGGGUCCAGUUAAAUAAACAAUUGCACACAAGAAACAGGUAUCAAAACUUUAUCAAAAAGAUAAACGAAACAAAACCAACUGUUCAUAGCUAUCAAGAUACUAAGAGUAAUGAGGUAAGUAUUGGUAUUGAAAACACUGAAGACCAAGAUUUGGAACCAAGGUAUUGUAUAUGCAAUGACGUAUCAUAUGGUGAUAUGAUUGCUUGUGAUAAUGACAAUUGUCCAAAACAAUGGUUCCAUUGCAAAUGUGUUCAUAUAUCUGUUCUGCCUAAGGGGAAAUGGUAUUGUAGUACAGAAUGUAAAUUACAUGAUAGGAAGAGUAAAAGCAAGAAGACAAGCAAUAAAACCAUCAUUAGCAGUAGUAGAGAUCAGGAGAAGAAAAAUAAUAAGCAAGCAUCAAAAAUAACUGAGCAAGCAAAAAAAGUAGUAAAACUUCAGAAAAGAAAGGGUAGAGGAAGAAAAAAAAAAAUAGCAUAUACCUUAUAG